GGAGUUAAACUACAGUUCCCUCAGAGCUCCUCGGAGGUGUUAGUUGUCAAUAUGGCUGUUGUCAGACAGACAAAGCGGAGAGGCAAAUAAUUCGCCUCUGAUUAGAAAUCCUUGGGAAGGGGUCGGACAGGGCACUGGAACCAAAUUGCUGUACAGUUUGGCUGCAGUGGAAGAGACAGCGGGUCUUUGCUCGACUUCUACAUUUAAAUGGUUAAGUGGACGAUUUGAACCGAGCAGCAGGAUGUCUGAAUUCAGUGAGGAGCCGCGCUUCACAAUUGAGCAGAUAGAUCUGCUGCAGCGGCUGCGUCGCACCGGCAUGACCAAGCAGGAGAUCCUGCACGCACUUGACACUCUGGACCGGCUGGACCGGGAGCACGGUGACAAGUUUGGCCGACGCACCUCCUCUUCCUCCUCGUCCUCGUCCUCCUAUGGAGUUGGCGGGGCAAACAACAACUCUGCCUCUAAUAAUACUACAUCAUUCAACAAUAACAACACUGCCUCGGCAACCACCACCUCUUCCGUGUCAUGCAACGGCAACAACAACAACAACGGCGAGGCCAGCACUAGUGACAACUCUGCAGCUGCUGCCUCUUCCACGACCUCCAAAAUCUCCACAGCCACGCAGACGCAGUUUGGCAGUGGUGGGGGACUCUCACCAUCUCAAAGCAACAGCUAUGACACCUCCCCUCCUCCAGGGCCGCCACCGCCUUCAGCCAUCUUGCCCUCGCCCGUCUCACUGGUGGCUCUAUCACAAAACGGCCGGGAUAGCCUGGCCGCCACACCCAACGGGAAGCUGUCUCCUCCGAGGUACCCGGUUAAUAGCGCAGCUGCAGCGCGAGCGUUUGGGUUUGAAGCUACAGAAGAGGACCUGGACAUCGAUGAUAAGGUGGAGGAACUGAUGAGGAGGGACAGCAGCAUGGUGAAAGAGGAGAUCAAAGCCUUCCUUGGAAACAGGAGGAUCUCUCAGGCAGUGGUGGCACAAGUUACAGGCAUCAGCCAGAGCAGGAUCUCCCAUUGGCUGCUGCAACAUGGCUCCGACCUGAGUGAGCAGAAGAAAAGGGCCUUCUACCGCUGGUACACGUUGGAGAAAACAACCCCAGGGGCCACUCUGAACAUGCGGCCAGCGCCAUUACCCAUGGAGGAGAUGGAGUGGAGGCAAACCCCGCCCCCUCUCACCACUGCCCCCGGUACCUUCCGGCUGCGCCGAGGAAGCCGCUUCACUUGGAGGAAAGAGUGCCUGGCUGUGAUGGAGAGCUACUUCAACGACAACCAGUACCCAGAUGAGGCCAAACGGGAAGAGAUAGCAAACGCCUGCAACGCUGUCAUUCAGAAACCAGGAAAGAAGCUGUCGGAUCUCGAGAGGGUAACAUCCCUGAAAGUUUACAACUGGUUUGCCAAUCGUCGCAAAGAGAUCAAGAGACGGGCUAACAUUGAAGCCACAAUCCUGGAGAGUCAUGGGAUAGAUGUCCAGAGUCCAGGGGGACACUCGAACAGCGAUGACAUCGAUGGGAAUGACUUCUCAGAGCAGGCAUGUGACCUGCCUUAUUUUGACAAGAGACCUCUCAGUCGACCUUUCAGCCUUUACCGACUGGAGCCCACCUCGCCAACACAGGAUGAGGGUGCAGCACACAGCGAGCACCAGGACCCCAUCUCUUUGGCUGUGGAGAUGGCCGCGGUCAACCACACCAUCCUGGCCUUGUCCAGAACCGGAGGGGUCCCCAACGACAUCAAGACCGAGUCCCUGGAGGACGAAUGAACUGCACAGGAACUGGGAUGGAGGAAGGGGACGAGUGAUAUGACGAGGAGUGGGAAAAGGUGGGAAAUGCUGAGCUUGAAAAAAGAAAAGAAAGACCAAAUAAUGCUACUUAGUAAACCUUUUGAAUCUGUCCCUCAACCUGCCACUUGCUAACGGUUCCAUCUCUCUCGGCCUGCCUCCUCCCACAAAGUUCGUGUAAACGGUUAUUACAUCCUGUCCCCACCCAAACCCCCACCAAACUGAAACAGCUGGCGGAUCUCCUCUGAUCUCUGAGAAAAUGUCCAGCAGAAAUAAGAAGGUUGUCAAUCCAGGCCCUUUAAUCCUCAAGACGGUGGUCCUCGGCUUGGAUUGUGUCUCCCAGGAACUCCCCUCACUCCACUUUAUACACUCUCUCCUCACAGGAUACCUCUAAUCUCUCCUCUCCCCAUCCCCAUACCCCCUCUCCUUCCCUCUCAAGCCUUGUUCUCUGAGCCAAUCCUCAGUCUAUUAAACCUCAGCGUCAACCUCAGAAAAAAAAAAAUCACAUGUAUAUAUGAUAUAUAUAUGGUUCUAAUGGUUCUCAGUCACACUCACCUCAUGGUGUGCUAUCUACCUACCUACAUACUCCUCAAAAUUCACCUUCUUCAUUGUGCAGUUCAUAAGUAGAGCAGCCUCCAGCCGUUGUCCAGGGAAAAUAUGGACUGUUAGGGUUUAAUUCUCUCCUUCUCCUGCACAGAGGCGGUCAGACAAGACAUCUGCAAACCAAACAAUCCAGUUACUGUCUUCUACAGAGGACCUGCUGUUGAAUGAAAACCUCUGACAAGUCAGAAAGAAAGAAAUAGCCUUAAUGUCAUACACAUAUGUACACUAUUACUGAAUACGGUUUAUAUAAAACCCGUUCUUUCCCUGACAGUACGUUUAAAUGCCAGAUUAAAGUAAGGUAUAUAUUCAACAGCAGCAGUGGUUUAAGUGUCGCCUACAUUUGCCUCUGUAAAAACAUUCGCCGUUUGGGCUUAAAACAAUCAUACAAGGCUCAACAGUGUGGUUCCAGAAGUAAAAAUCCCGUUCAUUUUCUCCAUAGUGGAUUUGAUUAUUAGCCAUAAUGUCAUAACCAUCCGUGGUAGACUCACCACGAGCUGCCUGUGUGUGAAACGAUGGUGUAUGCUCCUUUGUUUUAUGAUUAACAUGGUUUAUCCGCAAUAUCAUGGAAAAGAACUACACUACCCACGAUCAUAGAGUGUCACAACAACGUCUCUGAUUGGUGGAGCUCGCUGUGUGGCGCUGUAUGCGAACGGAUAGUUUCCCUGGCAGGUUAGCUGGUUAGUUAGCUAAAACAAAAUGUACUAAAAGCCUUGUUAUGUCACAGUGAAUGUAAUUUACAUAUUCAACAACACAAACUAAAAGAUAGUACAA